GCCAUGCUCCAGGCCGCCAUCCUUGAGCCGGGCCGCCUCGUGCUCCACGCGAACCUGAACAUGUCCACGUGCCCGCAGCACGUGCCAGUCACCAGGGAGGAGACUCGGCUCGUGGGCUCCCCAGCCGGGCAGCUGCUGCUGGAGCUCACGAGGUCGCCGAAGCCGCUCUUAGACGCGCUGGUGGAGUGCCUGAACCUCUCCAUCGACUUGGCCACCUCCUCCACCUCCAACACUGUGGACAUCGUGCUCUUCUUCAUCCGCCUCUACGCGCGGGUCAUGAGCGCCGUGACCUUCCUGUGGCAAAACCUGAUGGCGUGCCAUAGGGCGAGGCAGAAGAACUGGCAGUUCGGCUUUCCCAAGGAGGGGAGCGAGAAGAGGCAGGAGAUGAAGAAGCACCUUGAGCAGGCCAUGAAGGACCACCAGGUCCGAAUGCUGCUGGAUGGGGGCAUCAUGCGCUGCCUCAAGUCCUGGAUUGAAGAGCUCGAGGCAAGCUCCCAACAGAACCCCCGGUUGAUCGACAAGAACACGGAGCGCAUCUGCGACAUCCACGCCCACAUCCUCCUGCUGCUGCGCAGCCUGCCCCUCGAAGCCAAGCCGGCCAG